CAUCAUAUGGCGUUGUGUGUAACCUGGUUGUUAAUAAAGUUAUGGAAAAGUGUAGUGUUUUUUUACCCGUAGUUUUGACUAUCAGGCUCACUUUGACUUCCAGCAAAAUCGCGUUUUGUGACGUAUUUUCGUUUUUAAGCUGAAUUUCCUAAGAUAUGUGUAAAUAAUUUUCUAAAUUAUGAGGACGGACUUGAGAACCGAGUUUUGGGGAGCGUUCCGUUAUGAGGUUUCAGAGAGGGGGCGGUGCCUGGCAGACAUUACGCUGGGUUAAAUUAACAACCUUCCCUCGUCAUUGGUUGCCGUGUUCCUGGCGGGGAAAUGUGAAGUUUAUUGUGCAUUUUAAGCUAAACGGAGGCGCUGUUUGCUACCAUGAUAGAAAUAUUCGGUCUCUGCCUUUAACCGGACGCCCAGAUCGCCCCUGGAUGUUGGCGAACACGCAGAUCUGCUCCUGCUAAAAUGAGCUAAAGCUUGUCGGGUUUCAUCUUUGAGAAAUCGGCGACAAGCUAAAGUUUAAUCCCUCCACCCAGCUGCAGGUCUGCUAGCUGAACCGAGAUGAGCUCCUCACGGGAAAUCAAACAGCUGCAGAGAGCAAAGAGCAAAGCUCAGGCCAACAACAACCUAAAGGAGGAGGCCAACAUCUGCAACCAGCUGGGAGAGCUGCUGUCCAGGGCUGGUGAUUAUGAGGCGGCCAUCAGGGAACACCAAGAGGAGCUGGCUCUCUCUGAGGGGCUGAACGACGUGAUCGGACGGGCGGUGGCAAACCGCAGGAUAGGAGAGUGCUACGCGGAGCUGGGAAACAUCGACGCUGCUUUGAAGCACCAGCGUUGCCACCUGGACUUGGCUCGGUCGGUCAGCGAUCACGCCGAGGAGCAGCGAGCGCUGGCCACCAUUGGUCGAACCUUCCUCUUCCGCUAUGAAUCCGACCAAUCAAAGAGCAGCUUGAAGCAAGCGGAGGACGCGUUCAGGAAGAGCUUGACCAUUGUGGAUGAGCGACUGGGUGGUACUUUGCCUGAACGAGAGAUCAGUGAGAUGAAGGCUCGCCUCUUCCUCAACCUGGGCCUGGUCUGCGAUCAUCUGGGGGAGCCCAAGCGCUGCAGCGAGUUCAUCCGACGGAGUGUUUUUAUCGCCGAGAAGAGCCAACUGCUGGAGGAUCUUUACCGGGCCAACUUCAACCUGGGCAACAUCUACUUCCGUAACGGGGAGCCCUCCAACGCCGUGCGCUGCCUGGAGCAGGCCAAAGAGUGCGCCAGGAGGAUGAAGGACAAGUUCAGCGAGAGCGAGUGCUUCAACUGCAUCGGCAAGGUGCAGCUUUCUCUGGGCGACUUCGUAGCAGCCAGACGAUCCCUGAAGAAGGCCCUGCUUCUCGGGUCGCAGCAGCAAGCGGACAAGAUGGCUGUGAAGAAAGCGUUCAAAUAUGCUGAUAAGGGCUGUAGGUUAGAGGAGGAGCUGUCAGAGGAUCAGGGCAGCGGAGCCGGCUCCCAUCAGACCGUGGAGCUGUGGGAGCAGCUCGGAGACCUUUGCUGUAAAGUGGGCUGCUACAAAAAAGCGCUGGACGCCUAUCAGGCUCAGCUGAAGGCAGCCGAAGCUUUGGGGAAGCCGGCGCGGGAGCUGGCUGUCAUCCACGUGUCCCUGGCUGCGACGCACACGGACCUGAGACAGCACAGCAGAGCCGUGGAGCACUACAGGAAGGAGCUGGCUCUGCGGCAGGGCAACAGCACCGAGGAGUGCAGCACGUGGCUGAACAUCGCAGCAGCUCAGGAGGAGGGCGGCGGCUCCGUCGAGGACGUAGAAAGCAGCUACGCUUCGGCCUUACGCUGUGCGCGGGCGUCUAGGCAGACCAGGCUGCAGAAACGAGCGCUGCGGCUCUGGCUGGCGUCCCAGAGGCGGCGCGGCUCGCCGAAUGCUGAUGAGACCGAGGCGAGGUUGCACGAGCUCUGCGCCUCGCAGGGCUGGGACCCAGAGGGGAGCGACGGUGAGGAGGAGGAAGAGGAGGGGGAGGAGAUGGACAACAGCGAGCCUCUGGAUGACAGCGACGUCGUUCUGUCAGACUCAGACGACGACAUGGAGGGCUACGACAAGAUGGUGUCAGGAAGGAGGAAGACGGGACGGUGGAACAAGAGGAACGAGAAAGGAGAGACGUCUCUGCACAGAGCGUGCAUAGAUGGGAACCUGAAGCAGGUCCUGUACCUGGUGGAGCAGGGUCACCCAGUGAACCCCAGGGACUACUGCGGCUGGACUCCGCUGCACGAGGCCUGCAACCACGGCCACUAUGAUGUCGUGGCCGUGCUGCUGGAGCGCGGCGCCAACAUCAACGAUCCCGGCGGGCCCCUCUGCGAGGGAGUGACCCCCCUGCAUGACGCGCUCGCCUGUGGGAACCUCAAAGUUGCACGGCUGUUGGUGGAGCGGGGCGCUUCUGUCACCCUUCGCAACUCCAGGGGGGAGACGCCGAUGGACACCCUGCGUCACUGGCAGAGGACCUACAGGAGAGAGCUGGACGAGGAGACCAGGCAGGAAUGCCUCUCUACGGAGAGGCUGCUGAAGAAGGCCGCCGCUGGAGGAGUUGCUGCCGCUCCGGCUGCCUCCAGGCCUUUUGAUGCCCUGCAGGACAGCCAGCUGUUCGACGCGGAGAACUCUGAGCCCCUGACGGCCACCGGAGGGGACCCGUCCUCCAGCCAGGACAGACCCAGGAACGGAGACGUCUUGGAGGGGAAACGAUCGGCUGGCAGCGCCUCGUCGCAGCGCCGCAGAGCCCGAGGGACAGAGGGCUCUGUUUUAUACGGGACUGACGGCAGCAGCUCGGAGGACAGCGGCUCCGACAGUCCGGUCAGUCCUCUCCGUCCUGUCCGGCCCAGACGCACGUUCCCAGCAGCUCCGGGUCAAAAGGAGAAUCCCUCAAACAAGGAGCCCCUCAGGCCCCUCAACCCAUGCGGGGAAAGUCCCAGGGAGGCCCCCGCCCCGUGUGUUUUCCAACGAGACGAGUACCACAGUGCCAUUCGCAGCUUGGGCAGCGCCAAAAGUCUCCACCAGGGCCCGUCGCAGCCUCCGUUGUCCAGCACACCGGCUGCUCCGUCCAGCAGCAGAUCCGCUCUGGUUCCGGAGGACGAGUACGUGGCGGACGACUGGCUGGACGACGAUCUGGGGGAAAUGCAGCCGAAGAAGAAGAGGAGGCUGCAGGCGGAGCACGACAAGCCGAGAAGGGAGGAAACGGCGUCGUCUUCCAGAAGUCAGAACCACCGUUUAAGCUCGGACUGCAGAGAGCCGGCGUCCAGCUCGUCUGCCUCCUCCUGCCGGGGUCUCUCUCAUAGGAGGAACGGCUCAACGAAGCCUCAUCAGGUGAAGAUGACUCAGAUGCCGGGGAUGGUGCGGUUAGGCCCGCGAGAGGUCGGCAGGUCCAACAGUCCCGCCGUUCCAGACGCUGAAGACACGAGAGCUGAAAACUUUUCACAGGUGCACUUUCAGCCCCUGGCUCCUUGUUCUGCUGCUCCUGUACCGACGGCUCUGCCUCCACCAAUCAGGAUGAGGGUCAGAGUGCAGGAAGAUGUGUUCCUCAUCCCAGUUCCUCAGAGCGAGGCGGACUCCUGCACCGUGUCGUGGCUUUGUGAGCAGGCAGCGCAGCGUUUCUACCAGAAAUGUGGCCUCCUGCCCCGCCUCUCGCUGCAGAAGGAAGGAGCGCUGCUGUCUCCACAGGACCUGCUGCUCGCCGUGCUGCACACCAACGAGGAGGUUCUGGCUGAGGUUUGCUCCUGGGAUCUGCCUCCUCUCCCCGAGCGCUACAAGAAGGCCUGUCAGAGUCUGGCAGUGGACGAGGACAAACGGCUCACCCGGCUGUGCGAGGUCCAGGAUGGGAGCUCCUCCGUGUCCGUGUGUGGCUUCGGUUUGGCCCCCUCCUCCCUCAACCCGCUCCUGCGCGCCCUCAAGCUUCAGGCCAGCCUCAGCGAGCUGCGUCUGUCUGGCAAUCGGCUCGCGGACGACCUGCUGCCCGAACUGGUCGCCACGGCGGUCACCAUGCCCCGCCUCCGGCUGCUCGACGUCUCCGCCAACGGCAUCACGGGCGAAGGCCUGGGGAGGGCUGUCGAUGCUCUGAAGGGACAAAGUCACCCUGCUUUUCCGUGCCUGGAGGAGCUCGAUCUGAGCCUCAACCCUCUCGGAGACGCCGUGUCCGAGUCUCUGUCCUGCCUGCUGUCCUGUUGCCCUUCGCUCUGCAAGUUGUCUCUGCAGGCCUGCCGCCUCACGGCCCGCUUCCUUCAGCGUCACCGGCUGCUGCUGGCCAGCGCUCUCACAGGACUGAGCAACCUGAAAUCCGUGUCCCUGUCCCACAAUGCACUGGGCUCCACUGGCUUUGAGCUGGUCCUGAAGACUCUGCCUCUGCAGACUCUCACACAUCUGGACCUGUCCGCCGUCUGCAGCGGUCCUGCUGACUACCCAGCACUGGAACACCUCGCCAAGCUCCUGUCUCAGGAGGAGUGUUGUCUGGGCCACCUGAGUCUGGCAGCAAACGGACUGACGGACAGCAGUGUAGCUGUCUUAGCCAGGUGCCUGCCUUUGUGUCCCACCCUGACGAGCCUGAACCUGUCAGGAAACCCGUCUGUGACGUCGGCGGGCCUCUACAGCAUCCUGACGUCCGUGAGAGAGGCUUCUCGACCGCUCACCCUUCUUAACCUUCAGGGUUGUCAGGUGUCUGGCCCUUGGAACAGCGGAGAAGUGGACGGUUUGUCUGAGCUGGUGCAGGAUCUUCGUCUCUGCUCCCAGGGCCUAAACAAGAUGGACAGAGACGCCUUAAAGCAGAGUUGGGACAGGGGUCUUCAGGACGGACGCUUCGUGAACCGAAACUCCAGGUUUCUGCUCUCUGUAGCAUCACCAUCAUCAUGAUGAGACGUUUUUCCACUGAUAAUGGACGAUCCUUGGAGCCAGCCCCUGUUAUGAAGGCUCUGUGGUGUUGAGGUAGUCUGUAAAUACAUCGAUUUGUUAACGCCUUAUCUGUGUGUGUGUGAUCAUAAGUAUUGUUAUAUUUGUCCCUGAAUAGCUCACAUUUAAAUUAAAAAGGAAAUAAAGGGCUGUGGAAAUCC